AUGAAUAAAUUCUUGUAUGGAGUGUUAGAUUUGGUGAAAACAGAGUGUAGAAAUGCUAUGUUACUGGGAGAUGUGAACAUGCCUAUGCUUAUGAAUCAUGCUCAGCAUGUUGAGAGUGAUAAGAUUAGGGAACAUGCUAAGGAGAAUAAGAAGGCUAAGACUAGGAACUACAACUAUACUCAGCAGAAAUCGGGUAGUGGAAAUCGCUCGCAGAGUAAUCAAAAGUUAUAUCCCCAGCAGCCCCUUCAUCAGCUAGUGCUCUAUCCUCCAUGUAUAGGUGGUGGUCAGCGCCAGAAUAGGUUGUAUGCUAUUCAGGCUCAUCAGGAUCAAGAAGGUUCUCCUAAUGUAGUCACUGGUGCAUUACAAGUCUUUGACCUUGAUGUUUAUGAAUUAUUAGAUCUAGGAGCUAGUCUUUCCUUUGUAACUCCUUACAUAGCAGUCCAACUAAGUGUUAGUCAUGAAACUCUCUCAGAACCAUUCUCAGUCUCUAAUCUUGUGGAUGGACCAGUUAUAGCUAGAUAG